AUGCCGCGCCUGCGAGGGACCAGAUAUUUGACCUGCUUUUAUUGCGGGAAGCGGUCCAACACAAGAUAUGACGGCAUCACGCAGGAGUUUCUAUGCCUAUCAUGCGAUGCGACAAACUACCUUGAUGAAAAUGGGGAGAUUACGGAUCCUCCAGUAGCUACCGAACGUGAAGCUCCCGCAACGCAAUACGCUGUUCCUCGACAUUCCCCUCCGUCCUCCCCAAAAGAGAGUAUCUUUUGCGCAACAUGUCUGAAGAACCAGCGGCUAUUUACGUCAUCACUGGCGCAGUAUCUUCCCGACGAUACAAACCACCCCGAUUACCCGGAACUCGAGCGGAAUUACUACCGAUACCGAAAGGGGUUGGAGGAACGAUAUCCUCAAGUUUGCGAUGACUGCGCCGAGAGGGUUGAUGGUCAGAUCCGACGGGCAGGAUAUACGGCCAAAACGGAUCAUCUUCGAAGGAUGAUGGAGAAGAGCAGAGGAAGAAAGAGUACCCCUGAAAAGAAGGGUGCUCUAGACUGGGCUGAUAGCUUGGGUAAGGGGCUGUGGUGGGGAGGAUUGGCGAUGCAGAUGCUGUGGCAUCUAAGAGCAGUCACUUUGGCGUUGGAACAUCAAGAUGUUGGGAUGUACGAUCCGGACGAUGUUAGCUGGUCGACGCUGGCUGUGAAGGGUCUCGGCUUGGCUGUGGCAUUUCUUCCCCCAGCAGAUACCCUCAUCAACAGCGCGGUUGUUGCAAGCAUACUGUCGGCAUGGUGGAAUCCUCAGUUCGUGCAAGUCAGCCGAGGCUUCACAAGACAUCUCCUGGGUUUUACGCAAUGGUAUGCUUUUCAGGGGCUGAUCGUCUUCUUCCGCUUCCUAUUCCGCCGGGUACUUGAGAUGGAUGGAGGACAGGCUCAAUCGCGGAACGCCCAACUUAGCGCGCACUUGGUUAUGUCAGUUGUUAUGGUCAUGAUAUAUUCUGCCGCAAAAAGGUCUAUUAAAGUCGAUACCACACCCCUUUUCGGUACCUCAAACACGACAUAUUCACCACCGAAGCAGCCUAAGAUUACUCGGACCAAGAGAGAGGAACCAAAGACCUUCUCAGAAUUGUUGAAUGAAGCUUUAGACUCCCCUACGGCAACACCUCAGCCAGAUCGGUUCAACCCAUCACCUAUCAGGACAUUUUCACCACCACCACUGCCCCCUGGUAAUUCUUUCAAGGCCCCAGGAAGCACUCGCACCCAAUUCAACGCUCUCAACAUCACGCCUCGAAAGACACAAGACUUUGGAUAUUCGGACGAGAUGGAUUGGACACCGACCGAAUCCCAGACUCAACCUCAAUCACCGUACCGAGCUUUCCAAGAUACGACCCCCUCGAAUGGACCUAGAAGGCCGUUCGGAGAGGCGCCCGUGAGCGCUGAAACAAGCCCGUUUUGGUACAAGGUUCCUGCUGCACCGACGAACCCAUCCCAGCGUCUACGAAACCCUCCUAACGCGCCAAUUAUAAGAAGCAAGCCGGCACAGCAGGAGAGUAUUUUCUUCCGAGGCGCGGCGAAGAAGACAGAUGAGAAUGAAGAUGACGAACGUGAAGUUUCAUUCAAGCCGCCCAGCUUCUUUGCGCCUCAACGCAGUAAUGACGAGGCUAAUGGUUUGGCUGAUCUCUUGAGCCAGAGCUUUACUUUGGGAAAGGAACAAAGCUAUCCUGAUGAAUCUUCAGGAGGCUCCGCACCCAGACGGAGUUCUGACACUCGUGUGUCUCCUGGUACACCUCAAUUCGACAACCUUGGUGUUGAAUUCACUGCUUUGGCUGCAUUGUUCGUUUUCUGGGGUCUCACUGUAGCAGUUUCCAUGCCUUUCGGACGGGAAGUCCAGCUCGCAUUGUUAUCAGCAGUAGGGAUUAUUGCAUUGCGAGAAACAGGCGAAACAAGCCGAGAAAUAAGACUCCCUACCACAGCGACAUACAUCAGCUCUGCGCUGAGUGUAGUCGAGUUGGCAGCGGUCUGCUGGCUGGGAUGGGAGGUUUUUCAGGAGAAUGAAGACGCUGGCAAGUACGGCGUUGGACUAUUGACGACAAUGCUUGGGCAUCAGGUUUGGAGUACUAUGGUUUGA